UCUUUUUUCCCAUAUUUCAGCCCUGGAUGAGCGGAGUUGGGGAAAAAUAUAAAGAAAAAAAAAUCCUCUAUGCUAUUCAUAGAGUACGUAUGCGCUCGCUAGCAGGCAAAAUCGAGAGCUGCUGCUGCUGCUAAAGGUAGUAAUAAUAAACACAAGCUACUGUGCAAAAGUGUACGUGAAGUUGGGAUCGCCCAAAAGGCGUUCAACGCAAUAUUAUUCUCUCUGGCAGCGAGAGAAACACAGUAGAAAGAAGCUCGCGAAACAAGUGUAUCGUAUAUCAUCCAUCUGGAAGCAGUAAGAUAAACAAAUCAAUAAUGGCAAACGUGUGUGAGCCCCUAACCCUGGCGAAAGAUGUGAAGCGCUCGAUCGAGCUGUUGGAAAAGCUGCAGAUGAGUGGCGAGGUGCCCGCGACCAAGCUGGCCGCCCUGCAGAAGGUGCUGCAGAGCGACUUCCUGAACGCGGUCCGGGAGGUGUACGAGCACGUGUACGAGACGGUCGACAUCCAGGGCUCGCUCGAUGUGCGUGCGUCCGCGACGGCCAAGGCGACGAUUGCCGCGUUUGCGGCCAGCGAAGGACACGCCCAUCCGCGCGUGGUCGAGCUGCCGAAGACGGACGAGGGGCUCGGCUUCAACGUGAUGGGCGGCAAGGAGCAAAACUCGCCGAUCUACAUCUCGCGCAUCAUCCCGGGCGGGGUGGCCGACCGGCACGGGGGGCUGAAGCGGGGCGACCAGCUGCUCUCCGUCAACGGUGUGUCGGUGGAGGGCGAAAACCACGAGAAGGCCGUCGAGCUGCUGAAGCAGGCGGUCGGCUCGGUCAAGCUGGUCGUGCGCUACACGCCCAAGGUGCUGGAGGAGAUGGAGCUGCGCUUCGACAAGCAGCGUGCCGCCCGAAGGCGCCAGCAGUAUUAAGGACGGGCGUGUUACUAAUCUCUAGAGCAGCAAAAAUCCCAUCCCAACAGCGGCCACCCCAAAAACGCGGUACUGUUUGUGUGCGUGUUCAUGUUAUGUGUGUGAGUGUGUGGUGUGUCUGUCGUGUUCGGAACUGAAUUCUCAAAUAUUCUCAUCCACCCUCAACCACCACCCCCCGUGUUCUGUUCAUUGUAAGCGGACACGCGAUGGUUUAGUAGAAAAUUGAGAGUCUUCGAAAGAAGUGUGUGUAUUUUAGUUUGUGACGCAAAAUCGUGACCAAUCCUGAUACAGGCUCCACAUCUUCCUGUAUAGAGUAACACACAUCCGUAUUACUGCUACUCAUCCCUCAUCUCGUGUGUGUGUAACAUCCCGUCGAUGUUGGAAUAAUGAUGAAGUUGAUCAUAGUCGCCCAUGCGAACAUCGAUGCGGUAGGGCGGGAAAUGCGCGCUGGAUGUUAUCCUUCGAGUUCCCAUCGACGGAGUGUGCAUGGUUAGAAUAUAGAAAACCGUGAAACACCGAGAGAGAGAGAGAUUAGAAACAGCUCACAACACUACCCUCCUUUUACUAGACAGCAACAGCACCACGUUCGCUUUUGUGUUAGAAUGUUAACGACUUUCUGUUCUCAUGUACGGUUUAGCGAUGAAAUGUUUUCUUUUUUAAAUAUGUAAUUAAACGGUAAGAAUGUAAUAAAAUGUAGCCUCAGUUUACCUGAAA